AGCUGAACAGCACGUCAGUCAGUUGAAACACUUUAAGCAAAGUGGUUUCGUUUUCUUCCGAUUUGUGUAAAAUUUGGCUCGUGUUGUAAAUAAACGUGCGCAAAACAAGUUAGGAGACUUUUUUUUAACGAGCUGGUUCAGAGUGUAUCCGAGUGCGAUCACAAGUGGAAUUCGGAAUCUCGGAUGUGGUGGAAGCGCUUAUGUGGACAUCGACAUCAUUUCUGCAUGGAUUUUAUGUUAAGCACACUUUAUAUGGAUAUUCUUUAAAUGAAUAAAGUGAGAGUGUAAAUGUUUUCUAACAAAUUGCGUGCGGGUGAAAUCAAAGGAAUUUCCUUAAGAAGAACUUGAAAGAAAAGAAAUAAAGACUUACUCUCCAUGAGUGUUUAUAAGUGUUGAACAAAUUUUUGUGUUCACAAAACAACCAUUUCAAAUUCGUAAAAUUUUGUGUGCAGAAAAACAGAAACAAUUUAUAAAUAAACAGAAAACAAAAAUGGCACUAAAACUGAUAUCGUUUGUAAUUUGCAUAUUUCUAGUCGCAAAUGGAUAUUGUUCGCGAUCGGUGCCAGGUGAUUUAAAAUCGCGUGUUCGGCUUGCAUUGAAAUUGGAAAAAACAAAUCUUAAUACAUGUGACCCAAAUGAGAAAACCGUUCCAUGUCCGCCAAGCAAAUUUCGUUCAGCGACCGGUGAAUGUAACAACAUCUUGAACCGUGGUUAUGGUGCUCGAGGUGAUGCAUUCCUUAGAUUGUUGGCACCAAGCUAUGCAGAUGAUCGACUACAGCCGAGAACUUCGACCGGUUCACAUGCGUUACCUGCGGCCGACUUUGUAAUUGAUGAACUACAAAAAUCGAUUGAUGACACGUUAUUGCAUCCACAUAUUACGGCCAUGGUACCAGCAUGGGGUCAAUUGAUCAGCUAUGAUCUUGCUGAAUUCUCACCAUUGUCAGGCAGUUUGAAAUGUUGCAAAAACAAUGGCAAACAUACAACCACCGAAGAAAUAGACCAAUGCUAUGUACGAUCAGGUUCAAAUUGUAAAGAAUACAAACGUUCAGUGCCAUCAAUUGAAAAAGGUCAAUGUGAUGUGAAAUACAGAAAUCAAAUGAAUUUAGCAUCUGGUUUUGUUGAUGGAUCAAGUUUGUAUGGUGCAACAGAGAAGGAAAUGAAUUCGUUGAGAUUAUUCCGAGCUGGAAAAGUUGACAUUCGUGCUUGUCCACGAUGUACGGAAUCGGGAGCUGUUGGUGCACUACACACACUUUUAUUGAAAGAACACAAUCGCAUUGCCACCGUUUUGUCUGACAAAAAUCCAACAUGGAGUGAUUCCGUUCUAUUCUUAGAAGCUCGACGUGCUCUUGUUGCUCAAAUUCAACACAUCACAUACAAUGAAUUCCUUCCAAUUAUCUUGGGCCAACAAAUAGCCAACAAAGACUUGGCAAUGGUCUUUGGUAAACACUACAAUGGAUACUCAAGCACUAUUCGACCAGGUGUUUAUAAUGAAAUUGCAACAAGCGCUUUGCCAGCAUUUAUGACAAUGUUGCCAAAUGGAAUGACAAACGAAUCAACAACCGUUGAAACUCUGUUAGGCGCAUCGGCCAUGCUGAAAACAUUGAAACCAAACAAUCUUGAAUUCAAUCAAUUCUGGUCGCCAAUUGCAUUGGCCAUUCAUCGAAGUCGUGAUCACGGUAUUCCACCAUAUUACAAAGCAUUGAAUCUGUGUGAAGAACGUCUUCCAAAUCUCAAUCAAAAAGUAUCGUUCAAUGAUCUGGAAUUGUACGGCGGCUUGAGCAGCGACAGCAAAAAAUCAUUGGAAGUAAUUUAUCAAAAUGCUGAAGAUGUUGAUCUAUUGGCCGGUGCAAUUUUGGAAAAACCUGCAUUGGGUACCAUUUUUGGUCCAACACUUUCAUGUUUGCUAUCAAUUCAAUUCGAUAAAUUGAGAAACGGCGAUCGAUUCUGGUAUGAAAACGACAUUCCACCAUCAUCAUUGAACUUGGAUCAACUGAGCGCCAUUCGUCGAGUCAGUUUGUCUGGAUUGAUGUGCACAGCUGGCGGUUUAAAACUAUCGCAACCAAAAGCAUUCAUUAAAGAAGAUCCAUACUUGAAUUAUCGUCAAACAUGCAAACAAUUGCAAGGACUUGAUUUAUCUGCAUGGCAAUCAGAUGAGGAACCAGAAUUCACAACUGAAUCCGCUGUUGAAGAGGAAUCAUCUGUAACUCCAGCAUAUGAAGAACUCAAUGAAAGCCUUAUUAGGGCCGCCAUCGAAAAGGCCAAAUUUGACAUGAACGAACGUGCAAAAUUCGAAUACGAGUCAUGGUUAAACAACGGCGGGAUCGAUGCACGAUCUCCAGAUGGAACAGCUGCUUCAUUCAGUAAAGCGAAUCGAAAUGCAGUGAAAAUGGGAAAUUCAUCACUCUUCUUUGAAUUUGUUUCAAAUGAAAUUUUGAACUCCUUACAAGGAAUUCACCGUCGUAAGCGUCAAACAUUCGAUACAAAUACCUUGAUUGGUGUGUUCCGUGACGAUUUCCAAAAUAGUUUGCAAAACAUAGACGUCAAUACAUUGUUGACCGGUUCAAUUUCACCAAUUUCCCUUGAACCACAGUGUGAAGACUUUAAUGCACCAUGUGAUCCAACGACACCAUACCGAAGUAUGACUGCACAUUGUAAUAACGUUCGUAAUCCCGAAUGGGGAAAAUCAUUGACAACGUUCAAUCGUUUGUUGCCACCAGUCUAUGAAGAUGGCGUAUCACGACCACGUCAAACAUCAAUAACUGGUAUCCCAUUGCCAAAUCCACGUACAAUUUCAUCGCUCAUUCAUCCAGACAUUUCAAAUUUACACACGCGUUACUCAUUGAUGGUUAUGCAAUUUGCUCAAUUCUUGGAUCACGAUUUAACGAUGACACCAAUUCACAAAGGUUUUCACGAAUCGAUUCCACAGUGUCGUUCAUGCGAUUCACCACGUACCGUACAUCCGGAAUGUAAUCCCAUUCCAAUUCCACAGGGUGAUCAUUUCUAUCCAGAUUUGAAUGUAACAAGCGGUGAACGAAUGUGCUUCCCAUUCAUGAGAUCGUUACCAGGUCAACAAACAUUAGGACCACGUGAACAAAUCAAUCAAAACACUGCUUUCCUCGAUGCAUCACAAAUUUAUGGUGAAAAUACAUGCUUGGCAAAUAAAUUGCGUAGCUUCCAAGGUCGUAUGAAUUCAACAUUCCAUCCAGUUCGCGGAAAGGAAUUGUUGCCACGAACAGAUGCCCAUCCAGAAUGUAAAUCACCAAGUGGUUACUGUUUCAUUGCUGGUGAUGGACGUGCAUCUGAACAACCCGGUUUAACUGCUAUCCAUACGAUUUUCAUGCGUGAACACAAUCGUCUUGUUGAUGGUCUGCGUGCUGUUAAUCCACAUUGGGACAAUGAAAAAGCAUUCCAAGAGGCUCGUCGCAUCGUUUCGGCACAAAAUCAACACAUUACUUACAAUGAAUUUUUGCCACGUCUUUUGAGUUGGAAUGCUGUCAAUUUGUAUGGUUUGAAAUUAUUGCCACAGGGCUAUUACAAGGAAUAUGAUUCAACAUGUAAUCCAUCGAUUUUCACUGAAUUUGCUGCAGCUGCUUAUCGUAUCGGACAUUCAUUGUUGCGACCACACAUUCCACGUUUGAGUGCCAAUCAUCAACCAAUUGAUCCACCACUUUUGCUUCGUGAUUUCUUCUUUAAAAUGGACGCAUUGAUGGCACCAGAAAUGAUGGAUGAAAUUGCACGGGGUUUAGUCGCCACACCAAUGGAAACACUCGAUCAAUUCAUUACCGGCGAAGUAUCAAAUCAUCUAUUCGAAGAUAGACGCAUUCCAUUUUCGGGUGUCGAUUUAAUUGCAUUGAAUGUACAACGUGCUCGUGACCAUGGUAUUCCAUCGUAUAACAAUUAUCGUGCAUUGUGUAACUUGAAACGUGCACGAACGUGGGAAGAUUUAAGUCGAGAAAUUCCACCAGAAGUUAUCAACCGAUUCAAACGUAUUUACGCAAGUGUCGAUGAUAUUGAUUUGUUCCCUGGCGGUAUGUCAGAAAGACCUUUGCAAGGUGGAUUGGUGGGACCAACAUUUGCAUGCAUCAUUGGUAUUCAAUUCCGACAAUUGAGAAAAUGUGAUCGAUUUUGGUACGAAACAGAUGAUCCAAAUCUUAAAUUCACCGAAGCCCAAUUGAACGAAGUCAGAAAAACUACAUUAUCGAAAAUUAUUUGCGAUAACAUGGAUAAUCCAGGCGAUAUGCAACGGGCUGCUUUCGAUUUACCAAGCAAUUUCUUAAAUCCACGAGUUCCAUGUCAUACAAUGCCACAAAUCGACUUUAAUGCCUGGAGAGAGAACACAGUUUCAGGCUGUCAAAUUGGUGGUCGUCAAGUAGCCGUCGGUCAGUCUGCAUUCCCAUCCCCUUGUACAAGCUGCAUUUGUACAAACGAAGGCGCACAAUGUGCAUCACUUCGUAUCACCGAUUGUGCUCAAUUGGCCCGUGAAUGGUCAAAAGAUGCAAUUUUAGCGGAUGAUAUUUGCAGUGCCCAAUGCGGUUUAGUUCUCCAAAGUACACAAUCAAGCAAUAUUGCCGGUUUGAGUGUGCCACCAUCAACGCGAAUCACACGUUCACGUCCACUUGCAACUUGGCAAACAACCAGUUGGCAAACAACGGACUUUAGUUUACCAGACUUAACUCAAUUCAUAGGCUAAAAAUAGUUUAUCUAUUGAUUUUUUAAAAGAUACGAAAGAAAGAAUAAAAAUCCAUCAAACGAAUAGUGAAUAACAACGAAAAUGAAACGAAUGCAAACGAAAACCGUGUAGCUAAUUAAGUAUUGAAUGUUUUUAGCUAAUUUGUAAAUGAGCCAUAUAUAAAUUUAUAUUUGCUUUAGAAUAUUUUAAGAUCUAAUUUGUGACAAGAAUAUCACCGAAUGAAAACAAAAUAAAAACAAUAUACUCUUUUUUUUGUAGCGAA